UGUUGUUUUUGCCGACUCCAAAAUGAAAGAAGAAGAGGGAUUCCAAGAGGCCGUAGACAAACAUGGCGGCCUUCGUGAUUGCAAGCCGUCCGUCGAAUGUCCUUCCCAGGAUAUCGGCGACGGUGUCCCCAGUGGUGCUUUCUGCGGUUCCGGUGACCGUCCCGAACCGAAAGGUCCACCAUGCCCUCAUCCCCCGAGGAAAAGGCGGGCGCUCCUCCGCCAGCGGCAUCUCUGCCACGGUGUUCGGUGCCACCGGGUUCCUGGGCAGAUAUGUUGUCAAUCGCCUUGGCCGCAUAGGAUCCCAGAUAGUGAUUCCUCACCGCUGUGACCAGUAUGACCUCAUGUACCUGAGGCCCAUGGGGGACCUUGGACAGAUCAUGUUCAUGGAAUGGGAUGCGCGGGAUAAGGAGUCAAUCAAGGAGGCCAUAGCUCAUUCAAACGUGGUGAUCAACCUCAUAGGAGAGGAGUGGGAGACCAGGAAUUACCGGUUUGAGGAUGUGUUUGUGAACAUCCCGCAGCAGAUCGCUAAAGCAUGUCGUGAAGCUGGAGUCUCUAAGUUCGUCCAUGUUUCCCACCUGAACGCUGAUAUACGUAGCCCGUCCAAAUACCUGAGGAAUAAGGCUGUAGGGGAGCUGGCCGUGAGGGAUGAGUUUCCUGACGCCAUCAUCAUGAAGCCAACAGAAUACUUCGGGAGAGAGGAUAGAUUCUUCAAUCAUUAUGCCAACAUGCGUUGGUUUGGCAAAGGUGUGCCCCUUAUUGCAAUGGGAAAGAAGACUGUCAAACAGCCUGUUCAUGUGGUAGAUGUGGCCAAGGCUAUUGUGAACGCCAUCAAAGACCCUGAGGCAGUUGGAAAAACCUACGCGCUUGUUGGACCCAACAGGUAUCUGCUGCAUGACCUGGUAGAAUACAUCUAUGCCAUCGCCCACAGGCCUUUUGUGGCCUACCCCAUGCCCCGCGUCCUCUUCCAUUUGAUCGCUGGCUUUUUUGAGAAAACUCCUUUUGAGCCCUGGAUCACCCGAGACAAGAUCGACCGGUUCCACACCACAGACAUGAAGUUUCCCGGGCUGCCGGGGCUGGAGGACCUGGGUAUCACUCCCGCCACAGUAGAGCAGAAGGCCAUCGAGGUGCUCCGCCGCCACCGCCGCUCCAGGUUCCUGGAUGCCGAGCUGGGAGAAACUAAACCUGCGAAGACCGUUAAUAUCUAGACUACGUAGCUCCAUCAAUGUCAUGCGUCUCCCAAUGGCUCUGUUGUUGAUGUGAUAUUCUUUCUGCCAUUUAAAAACUUCUGUACAUAAAAUAAAAUAAUAAUUCAC